AUGCAGAUGGGAGAACUCAAGAAACUGUUUGAGGAGGGAAAAAUAAAGUACGUUGGUCUAUAUGAGCCCUCUGCUGCAACAAUUAGGAGGGCACAUGCUGUUCAUCCAGUUACAGCGGGAGCUGGGCAUUGGGAUUGUCGCAUACAGGCCACUGGGAAGAGGAUUCUUUUCAGCCGGCCCCAAGAAGUGGAUAGUUUUGCAAGUGACGAUGCCCGGAAGCGGGUCAACCAAAUCGCAGCAAGGAAGGGCUGCACCCCAGGGCAGCUAGCCCUGGCAUGGGUUCUCCACCAGGGCGACGACGUGUGCCCCGUUCCUGGCACCACCAAGGUCAAGGACUUCAGCCUUAACGUCGAGGCUUUGUCAUUGAAGCUGACACCAGAAGAAAUGGUCGAGAUCGAAUCCAUUGCCACCGAAGACGCCGUGAAGGGUGACAGAUAUGGUGGCCUGGUCGCUACCUGGAAGAACUCGGACACUCCAACUUGGCCAUCGUGGAAAGCAGAACGAAAACCAUGCAUACAUACUGCGGACUCGUGCUCUUUGUGUUUCCCCGAGUUUAGAAGAGCUUAG